UUUAUCUUGUAACAGACUUCAUUUCCAGCCACUACCAGCUGGGUGAUCUGCUGGGUGAAGGUGGAUUUGGUUCUGUGUAUGAGGCGAGACGUUUGGAGGAUGACCUUAAAGUGGCGGUCAAAUAUGUUAAUAAGACCGAAACCUACAGGCCAAGUUUAUACAUUCCUGGAUAUCAGCAACUCGUUCCACUGGAGAUCGCUCUCACAAUCCUGGCUAAUAAAGGCCCCAGAGUGCCAGAGAUCAUCCAGCUGCUGGACUGGAAGGACUACAAUGACCAUUUCGUCAUGAUCCUUGAAUGUCCCUCUCCUUGCGAGACUUUGGAAGACUUUGUGGGGCGUCAGGGUGGACGUCUCAACGAGAGCUUAGCACGGCGAGUCAUGAUGCAGGUGACUAAAGCUGCGAACGUGUGCUGCCAGCGCCAAGUGUUCCACCGUGACAUCAAACCGAGCAACCUUCUCAUCAACAACCAGACACUUGAAGUCAAACUAAUUGACUUUGGGUGUGGGGACAUUCUGAGGACAACUGUCUACAUGUCAUACUCUGGCACAGCAACAUACGUCCCUCCUGAGUUUCACAUAAAGGGAAAGUACCACGGCAAGCCUGCGACGGUUUGGUCACUGGGGGUUCUGUUAUUUAAAAUAGUGGCCGGAUAUUAUCCAAGUUUCUUAGAUCUGCACAUGCUCAAACUGCAUCUCUGGUCCAAAACUGGUCUGUCAAACGAAUGCUGCAGAUUGCUCCGCGCUCUCCUGCAAAUAAAGCCAAAGAACCGAAUUCAGCUGGAGGAAAUCCUUUCCCACAAGUGGUUUACGGCCACCACAUAAGACCACCUCAGAAAGAAGUUGUUGUAUCUUCAGCUCUCCAAUGGUUCCUGCAAUAGUUGCAGCAGUAUCAGAG